UGAGUAUACUGUAAAAUCCAUCCAUAAUCUGCAAAUGCACAGCGCCGUUUUCACUCGGACCAUUACGCACCCGAAUUUAUUAGACACCCUCGAGGAUAUCAUGGAUACCAAGAACAUAUUGUUGCAUCAUACUAAGGCGCAUAUAAAGCCACCGGAGAAAGGUGCGCCUUACUUGAUGCAUCAAGACUAUCAUUACUUUCCCCACAAGAAACACACUAUGCUUGCUGUGUUUUUACAUUUGGACGAUACAACACCGGAAAACGGUGGCUUGGCGGUAUAUCCCAGCAGUCAUAAGCUUGGACCGUUGGAGGACCACGGAUUGACCGAUGAGAAAGAAGUCGACGCAUGUUUCUUAUACAAGUGAGAGCCGCCGACGACGAGCC